AUGAAUUGUAUAAACUAUAAAGUGGUUGGGGGAAAACUGCAUGGAAGAGAAUGCCAGAUUUUCAGUACCAAAAUUCCAAAAGCAGUAUGCAGCAGACUGCUUCAAAAUCGACGAACAAAGAAGCAUGAACCUCACAUGAAGUCCUCAGUAGAGAGAGAUCUCAGACUAAUUAACAAUGUGCUCCUGUCUCAUCUUUCAGAUAACAUCGAAAAGAUAGGUGGAUCAAGUAUGUUCUUUGGGAUUGGGAUGAGAAAUUGUAUUGGUGAAAACAAUUGCUUUAUCAAUGCAACUAUACAGUCCCUCUGGCAUUUAAGACGGUUCCGAGAUGAGCUUUUAAGUCCAUCAGAACAUGUGCAUGUUGGAGAUCCUUGUGUUGUAUGUGCUGUACACCAGCUCUUUAAGGCCCUAAGCAUGGCAAAUACAGAUGGACAAAGAGAACCUGUUUCUCCAACCUCUUUAAGAAUCGCUCUUAGCAUUUUGUACCCUGCUAAUGUUUCCUUCUGCCAGGGACGAGAGGGUGAAGCUUAUGAAGUGUUGGAAAAUAUAUUGUUCUGUCUUCAUGAUUCAUUUAUCCAUAGGCCGGGAGUUUCUGAUGUCAAAUUACUAGAGAAAAAAGGCAUUGGCUCUUUGCAUUUCACAAGCAAGACUUGCGUAGCACAUACCUUUUUCGGAUUGGACGACAGUUGUGGCCUUCAGUCGGCACGGCAGAAUAAGAAUUCUUAUUUUCGUUUCAUAGCUGCUAAUGAACUCGGCAAGGCAAAGAUUAUGCAUGCACGUUGCUCUCUUGAUGAACCCUUGAAGCUUCUCAAAGUGGAUGAGAAUAUUCAAUUAGUCUGCAUUGAUGAUGUUGGUGGGGGAAGAAAACUCAUUCGUAUCAAUGGUGUUCAGUCAACUCCGCAUGUAUUCGCUUUAGGUGAGUCCCACAUUGUCAGAAAAUCUGUCAUUCUGGUAUUGGCUAGCUUAGUUGUUUCUGUCUUGGCAUUUGCAGUUAUUGGUUGGGAGACUGCCGAUGACAUGUUAGCAACAUGGACUGCUCUUAGUACUGAGGUAGAGAUUGGCUUUUUGGAUAAGAGAAACAGAUAUCGCCUUGUUUCAGUGGGUGUGGGAAUCACAUUAAGAAAGGAUCUAGAAAGGGGCUCCCUCUCCAAGUUUAUCCUCUUAACUAUAAGCCUCUGCUUCAUGGCUCCAACCAUCCAAACAAGUACAAUUCCUCUCCCUCCAAUCGUGGCAAAUGAGGCAAUGGGCGGCAGCUCUGGACACCAUGACCUUACUCCUGCCAAACUGUUUGCUAUUGUCAGCAUCACUUUUACUGCCUUGCUUACAACCAUGAGCAUGAAAGAUGGAUCAUGUUUGAGGACGAGAAUGUGCAGGAUAUUGGGAGUUGGGAUGAUCUUCUUUCCACAUGUGAAAACGAGCUAUUACUACCUGAGAUCCUUCUCUUUGAAGCUGUAGAUUAGAUUUUUUCCAGAUAUGUCAUUAAAGUUGCACUGCAAAUGGCAUUUUUUUUUUCCAUAAAGCCAACUAUGAGGAGGAGGAGGAGGAAGAGGAA